AUGGCGCUUCAGCCGAUAGUCAAAGUCAGCAGUUGUGCGAUCCGAGGCUCAGACACCAGUCGCACUGUCGAGCUGAUCCCUCACAGGAAGUUUACAUUUAAUCCUAAAGAGGGAAUAGACAACCCAGUGAUGGUCAUCACAGACGACUCUGUGUCAACACCCACCCCACGCCUGUGUGUUCUGAAACGAGAGGAAGGGGAGUCCUAUGGCUUCCAUCUGCGGGUGGAGCAGGACUGCCAAGGACACAUAAUCAGAAAUGUGGUGUCAGGAGGGGUAGCAGAGCGUCACGGCCUUCGCGAUGGAGACAAACUUCUGGAAGUCAACGACAGCUUUAUUGAUGAUGCUCCUCACUCUGAGGUGGCGAGAAAGAUCAAGCUAAGUGGAAACCAGUUAUGUUUGUUAGUGUUGAGUGAGGAGGAGUACGAUCAGGCUGUGUCCCAAGGUCAGGACCUCCGAGCUCUGGUCAGAACUCACAAGGACGAUGACUGUAAACCACCCAGACUCUGCCACAUCAGCAGGGAUCCUGCCUCCGGCAUGGGCAUCAGCUUUACACCCUUGGAAGGAGUGAAAGGUCGCUUCUCCGUGAGCCUGGUGGCAGGAGGAGCAGCAGAGAAGGCCGGCGUCUGUAAAGGAGAUCGCCUGGUGUGGAUGAAUGGAGCCACGGUGUCCGAUCUCACACACUCUGCACUCAGCAGGAUGAUGAAAAAAUGUGGCCACCAAAUCACCAUUCUGGUGGUUGACAGUGAGAGUGAGCAGAAGUACAUCCAGAGGAGGAUGCCCAUCCUCCCCACCAUCGCUGUUCCACGCAGCCUGCCAUACAGAGCCAGAAAGCUCCAGCUGGUCUCUGGGUCUGAGGGCUACGGCUUCCUCCUGCGACUGGAGAAGUCGCCAUCAGGACGCACAUUUCAUGUUCUGCGUGACAUGGACAAAGGAGGUCCAGCAGAGAAAGCGGGGAUGCGGGACGGAGAGCUGCUGCUGGAGGUCAACGGCGAGUUGGUGGAGUCACUGACGCAUGAGGAGAUUGUGGACAGAGUGAGGCUGAGUGGACAGCAGGUGUCCCUCACCACCAUCACUCCCCACGGGCUGGAGUUUUAUACCCGGCUGGGUCUGUCUCCUCUUCUGUACUGUGAGGAUGCGGCUGCUGAGGAAGAGAAGGAGAGCAGUGUGCCGGUCUCUGCAGCAGAACCACCAAAGGAGAUGGAUGGUUCAGGCAGGACUAGACUCUGCUCUAUCCAAAAGGGCACUCUGGGCUUUGGCUUCAACCUGGGUUGUCUCCCAGAAAGUCCUGGAACUUUCAUCAGUCAGGUGGCUGUUGAUGGUCCUGGGGAGCGUGCUGGACUAGUUGUUGGUGAUGUAGUGAUGGAAGUCAAUGGACAAAAUGUGGAGAAGAAAGAUCUGGAAGAUGUGAUCAUGCUUGUGAAAGAAGGAGGAUGUUCUCUGUCAUUACUAGUCAUGGAUAAGACACACAAUAAGAAGACGAAAGAGACCGACUCGCCUGCUACAGACGUCACCGACACAGAGGAUUACGAGAUAACGUUUUUGUGAGCGGCAAGAUGCUGAAUCCUGACGUCAUUCUCUGGCACCGUCUGCCCGCUGAAGAGAUUUUAAACUGAGCUGAACAAGAGAAAAAUGCAUCUAAUAUCACUAUUAGACAGGAGUAAGUUACCUCGACCCAAGCCGAGGGUUUCACACAGGAACCCAAACAACAAAACAGAUAAAAUAAGCUGAAUGUAAAUCAGAUUUUGAAUGAGUUUAACAACAGUGUAUUGAUGGUAAAAUGAUAACGCCAUUGUCUUCAGUAUUAUACGCUUCUUUUAGUGUUAGCCAACAAUUACAACACCUGACCUCACUUGUAAAAUAUAAUAAUUUCAUUAAAGUACGAGGACAUAAAACACUCCACAGCCUAAAUGACCCUGAGCUCAGAACUGACUGGAUGAGACGAAUCACACAUCCAGAGACAUGAGCUGUCCUCCUCUCUCUGACUUGUACAACACAUCUAUGAAAGGCCCUUUAAAAACUAGGCAAGUGUUGAUUGUAUUGUUUUCUGAAGCUCUUGUGUCAACAUUACGUAUAAGAGGCCUGUUCUUGCUCAGAGUGCAUGUUUAUCGAUACAGAAGCCGACUGCAGCGCUUCGUUUCUUUGCUGUUUGAGAUUUUAAAGAGUAAAAUAGUAAGACAGGAAAAAGAACCCAAAGCAAAGAUAUAGUGAUGUGUACAAUAAUGUUUAUGUAACUUAUGUGACCAAGUCUGUUUGUAAUUGACAUGAAAUACACGAGAUGAACUUUUAUUACUGUCCUCCAAAGUUUUGAUUAAUGAUCUGUCCUCAAUCUAAUAAAAUAAACUAUGAAUAAAUAA